GGGUAGGCGGCGGCGGCAGCACAGAAGAGCUCGCGGCGGCGGCGGAGCGGACGGCCGAGCGAGGCUGCGCGCGCCGAACAUGGCUGAGAAGCAGAAGCACGACGGGCGGGUGAAGAUCGGACACUACGUGCUGGGGGACACGCUGGGCGUCGGCACCUUCGGCAAAGUGAAGAUUGGAGAACAUCAAUUAACAGGCCAUAAGGUGGCAGUUAAAAUUUUAAACAGACAGAAGAUUCGCAGUUUAGAUGUUGUUGGAAAAAUAAAACGAGAAAUUCAAAAUCUAAAACUCUUUCGUCAUCCUCAUAUUAUCAAACUAUACCAGGUGAUCAGCACUCCAACAGAUUUUUUUAUGGUAAUGGAAUAUGUGUCUGGUGGUGAAUUAUUUGACUACAUCUGUAAACAUGGACGGGUUGAAGAGAUGGAAGCCAGGCGCCUCUUUCAGCAGAUUCUGUCUGCCGUGGAUUACUGUCACAGGCAUAUGGUCGUUCAUCGAGACCUGAAACCAGAGAACGUGCUAUUGGAUGCACACAUGAAUGCCAAGAUAGCUGAUUUUGGAUUAUCUAAUAUGAUGUCAGAUGGUGAAUUUCUGCGCACUAGUUGUGGCUCCCCAAAUUAUGCAGCACCUGAAGUCAUCUCAGGCAGGUUGUACGCAGGUCCUGAAGUUGAUAUCUGGAGCUGCGGUGUUAUUUUGUACGCUCUUCUCUGUGGCACCCUCCCGUUUGACGAUGAGCAUGUGCCUACGUUGUUUAAGAAGAUCCGAGGGGGCGUAUUCUAUAUCCCAGAAUAUCUCAAUCGCUCCGUUGCCACUCUCCUGAUGCAUAUGCUACAGGUUGACCCCCUGAAACGAGCAACUAUCAAAGACAUAAGAGAGCAUGAAUGGUUUAAACAAGAUUUGCCCAGUUACUUAUUUCCUGAAGACCCCUCCUAUGAUGCUAACGUCAUUGAUGAUGAGGCUGUGAAAGAAGUGUGUGAAAAAUUUGAGUGUACAGAAUCAGAAGUAAUGAACAGUUUAUAUAGUGGUGACCCUCAAGACCAGCUUGCAGUGGCUUAUCAUCUUAUCAUUGACAAUCGGAGAAUAAUGAACCAAGCCAGUGAGUUCUACCUCGCCUCUAGUCCCCCAACUGGUUCUUUUAUGGAUGAUAGUGCCAUGCAUAUUCCCCCAGGCCUGAAACCUCAUCCAGAAAGGAUGCCACCUCUUGUAGCAGACAGCCCUAAAGCAAGAUGUCCAUUGGAUGCACUGAAUACAACUAAGCCCAAAUCUUUAGCUGUGAAAAAAGCCAAGUGGCAUCUUGGAAUCCGAAGUCAAAGCAAACCAUAUGACAUUAUGGCUGAAGUUUACCGAGCUAUGAAGCAGCUGGAUUUUGAAUGGAAGGUAGUGAAUGCAUACCAUCUACGUGUAAGAAGAAGAAAUCCAGUGACUGGCAAUAAUGUGAAAAUGAGCUUACAGCUGUACCUGGUUGACAAUAGAAGCUAUCUUUUGGACUUUAAAAGCAUUGAUGAUGAGGUGGUGGAGCAGAGGUCUGGUUCCUCAACACCUCAGCGGUCCUGUUCUGCUGCUGGCUUACACAGACCGCGAUCCAGUUUGGAUUCUGUAACUGCGGAGAGCCAUUCACUCUCUGGCUCUCUCAUGGGCUCCUUGAUCGGAAGCACAUCGUCUUCAGUUCCACCUCGCCUGGGCAGUCACACCAUGGAUUUUUUUGAAAUGUGUGCCAGUCUGAUCACUACGUUAGCCCGUUGAUGAUCUUUCCUUAGUUUCUAUCUUUCUGUUUUUGCACUGUGAAAAUCAGAUAUAUUCUUUAAAUUAUUGUUUUACUUACGGAUAUCACAUACUCUGCAGUACUGCUUGAGAGCUGUGACUAUCUCCAGGGGACACUCAACGCCAUUGAAAUUACUGAAAACGAAAAAGUCUGACAUCUUAUUUACUGUAGACAUCUGUAAUUCUGUUUUGCCUAUGAUAAAUUUACAUAGGUAGUAUCUUUAA